UAGCCGCCCGAUGCUGCCGCGAGCGCUUCAGAGUUGGAGGGCGGUGCCCAGGACCCUAGUAGGAGACUGGUGGCGCCGCGAGGAGGGCGGGAGGCAGCGGUGGGAGGUGUCGGCCGAGGGAGCCCAGCUCGCCCGAGUCCCGUGCACCAAGGCAAGGGAACGCGGCGCCCAGCACAGGCAGAGCGCUGCCGCGUCCGGGGCGUCCAGAACCGCCAUGGGGCUCUCCCGGAGCCCGCGACCGCCGCCGCUAGUGAUCCUGCUACUGGUGCUGUCGCUGUGGCUACCCCUUGGAACAGGAAACUCCCUUCCCACAGAGAACAGGCUUGUGAACAGCUGUACCCAGGCCAGAAAAAAAUGCGAGGCUAAUCCGGCUUGCAAGGCUGCCUACCAGCACCUGGGCUCCUGCACCCCCAGUCUCAGCAGUCCACUGCCCUCAGGGGAGUCUGCCACAUCUGCAGCGUGCCUGGAGGCAGCACAGCAACUCAGGAACAGCUCUCUCAUAGACUGCAGGUGCCACCGGCGCAUGAAGCACCAAGCUACCUGUCUGGACAUUUAUUGGACCGUUCACCCUGUCCGAAGCCUUGGUGACUACGAGUUGGACGUCUCACCCUAUGAAGACACAGUGACCAGCAAACCCUGGAAAAUGAAUCUCAGCAAGCUGAGCAUGCUCAAACCAGACUCCGACCUCUGCCUCAAAUUUGCUAUGCUGUGUACUCUUAACGACAAGUGCGACCGCCUCCGCAAGGCCUACGGGGAGGCGUGCUCAGGGAUCCGCUGCCAGCGCCACCUCUGCCUAGCCCAGCUGCGCUCCUUCUUCGAGAAGGCGGCAGAGUCCCACGCUCAGGGCCUGCUGCUGUGUCCCUGUGCACCCGAAGAUGCGGGCUGUGGGGAGCGCCGGCGCAACACCAUCGCCCCCAGUUGCGCCCUCCCGUCUGUGGCCCCCAACUGCCUGGAUCUGCGGAGCUUCUGCCGUGCGGACCCUCUGUGCAGAUCACGCCUGAUGGACUUCCAGACCCACUGCCACCCUAUGGACAUCCUCGGGACUUGUGCAACUGAGCAGUCCAGAUGUCUGCGUGCAUACCUGGGGCUAAUUGGGACUGCCAUGACCCCGAACUUCAUCAGCAAGGUCAACACUACUGUUGCCUUAGGCUGUACCUGCCGCGGCAGUGGCAACCUGCAGGACGAGUGUGAACAGCUGGAAAAGUCCUUCUCCCAGAACCCCUGCCUCAUGGAGGCCAUUGCGGCUAAAAUGCGUUUCCACAGACAACUCUUCUCCCAGGACUGGACGGACUCUACUUUUUCUGUGAUGCAGCAGCAGAACAGCAACCCUGCUCUGAGGCCGCAGCUCAGGCUACCCGUUCUGUCUUUCUUCAUCCUUACCUUGAUUCUGCUGCAGACCCUCUGGUAGCUGGGCUUCCUCAGGGUCCUUCGUCCUCUCCACCACACCCAGACUGACUUGCAGCCUGUGAUGGGAGAGAAAAUGCCGGCCUCUGGAAGAAGAUGCAACCAGGCUCCCUGCACAUCCUGUCUGCUCCAGAUGAGGUCUUGGAAGAAGUGAGGGCUGUGACCGUUCAGAAUCAUGAGCGGCCGGCUUUCAGACCUCUCCUACUUACUCCUGCUUGGGCUGCUCCUCCCUAGGACCUUGUACUCCAGUUUGGCUGUAUAUUGUGGUGGUGAUUAGCUUCCCACCUCCAGCCCUUCUUCCUGUUUCCCAGGACCACCCAGGGCUAAUGACUCACUCAUCUCCUGGUUGCCUUCUCCAGGAAGGCAGGUUGAGGGUUCUGAGGCAGCUGAGAAAGAUGGUCCCUUUGUGAGGAAGGCUGGUGGUCCAGCUCCCACGUCCCUCUGAAUGGAAGGCGAAGACCUUCUGUCUUGACUGCUCUGCCAGGCCAUCCUGAACACUUGGGCAAGAAGAGCUAAAGCCUUCGAGUCUUGCUUAACUCCUAGCACUGUCUCCAUGUCCCCCAGUCCCUCAGGUCAUGAUUAAACAUUUUGACUUAA